AGUUUACACUUUUACAGCACACCACACACAUGUUACGUGUUACAAAGUGUUAGUGCAGCAAAAACGGCAAAAAAGCAAAACAAAAACGACGGGAAAGCAAGAAGCAGAUGGACAGACGAUCAAAAUAUGUCUCGCUGCUAGUUGUUACGCUGACCGAUCGCAUCUGCUUGCUCAUUCCAUUGUCAUUUAUUCCGUUUAUUCAUUCGUUCCUGUAGGGCUAUUAUUUUCACGCCUGAAAGAUGUACGCCAACAUUUUGGAAAAAACAUUAUCAAAUGAAAUUUUACCUGAUGACGUUGAAAACUGGCUGCGCUCGAGAAACACAACCAAUAAGUUUCUCUUGGAGGUCAACCAAAUUGAAUUUGUCAUAUAUUUUCUGUCGUAUUUGCGAGGCCAAGCAAACUUUCUGGAGACCAAGUCAUCCACUACCCCAUCCAGCACUCCAGUCAAAGGAACUCACAAACCGCCAUCAUUUUCCCUCGAUCCAGACAGCUAUCAGGGAAAACCUCGGCGUUCCUGCAGCCGAAAGUUGCCACUGACUUCUGAUAACAAAAAUGAUCACUCCAGCUAUGACGCAAACGACACUCAAGGGAGACGAAAAGUGCAACAGAAUCGCCCUGUACCGCAGUCGUUCAACCUAGCAAGUUACAUCGUAACAAAAACGUCUCAGCGAGAACGAAAAAACGCCAGAGCAAACAUCAAGCUUGACUCGAACAUCGAGUUUCCUGAAAUUGGCAGUGGUAAAAAGAGGAUCAAACCAGUAAUGAUUUCCACUCCCAGCAAAUGCCAACAGCAAGAGAAUCAAGCGCCCAAUCCGUUCACCAGUGCUCCAGAAGUGAGCACUUCUGACGUUGCUUUAGAGAGAGCACUGCUGAAAAUGGAAUGCUUGAAAGUCCAAAAGAAAGACAUGCCGAAAGUGUGCCUGGAUGAACUGACCACCCUCUCUAGAAUUUACUCCUCAAUUUUAAACCAUGACCUUGAGUUGAAUUUUAUGAAUGAGGUGUACUUUUUGACUGAGCUACUGUGCGUUCAAAUCAAACCAGAAGAGGAAAAAGCGUCAGAGAUGUUUGGAAACUCGCGCAACUGCAGCUUUUUUGCUGCCAAAACAUUGGGCUCCCUCAAGAACUUUAUUGAAUACCUUGAGCCUGCCACAAUGAAGUUGUUUUGUGAAAGCGUUGUUCUGGAGGAAGUGUGUCCAGAGAUGGUUUUCAAGCUGAGGAAAAUUCUGCCAGCAAUUCAGACUAGACCCUCGUUUAAUCUGAAUGCUGUGAUUGGAACGCAAGUGGAAAAUGAGAGCAGGAAGAAUUUCUCUUCACCUGACUCGUUUCAGGUGUACCGCAAACAAAGGGACACGUUUUAUGCUCUCCUCGAGGCCUGGGACAGCGAGCGGCACUUUACGAAGGUGCUCGUCAAAGAGGUUUUGGCGAUAUUUGAGUGGACGCCUAAAGAGCCUGAAAACUUUGCUUACUUCUCCCGCCUCUUUGUGUCUCAGCUUAUCUCCUCCUGCAUUGGCGACGGCCUGAAAGGCGCCGCCGCCACUCCCUUGCAGCUGCAGGUUGACCCAGUGAGGCUGAAGAAGCUGCAGGAGAGACUGGUCACGCCGGCAAAAGCCUUAUCAGGCCCCUGUCCUCCGCCUGAGUUUUCUGGAUGGGAGGAAUUUUUCCGUGACUUUAUUGUGAUAGCAUCAAACUGCAGCUUCAACUCGCAUUUGCAAGACGCCUUUGUCUGCCGACUGCACGCGCUCAAUAACUCGAAAUUCAAAUACGUUGAGUUGCAAUCAAAUGUGUUUUCUGCGGAGGAUGAGACUAAAGCCAAAUUCCUGGCAUGUGUUUUGUCAGCACAGUUGGUUGCCAAGUUUUUAGGAUUCCUUCAAUUCCUGCCAUAUAGAUCUAUGUUUAAGAAGUUGUCUGAGUACAUACUCUUGGAACAAUUGACAAUCAGAGAGAAGGUGAAUCCCGUCAUCAACACUCACGACACACUGGCUAUGGCUGCGAAGAAUUGCCGACUUACUGUGACUGUUCCUUGGCUGUGUUCGUAUUUAGUACAAAUGGACAUCGUCACCCUUCGAAUGCCUUAUGUCCAGUCCACAAUCUCUCUACUGGCUUCCUUGCAAAGGAGCCUGUCAUGCAGAGCUCUUCCAGGCGCUUCAAUGCUCCUUGUCCGUCUCAACAUUGGAUGGUGUCUGACUAUCCUUGGAGACGCAUGUCCUAGCUUGUUUGAGGCAUACAGAAGUGUUAACAACUUUCAAAACAUUUUGAAGGCUCCAAAGAAUCCAGACUACCUCGAUAUGCUGGAUUCCAAGAGCGUCAGUUUGGUAUGUCCCUUUGUGUCUGAGCUGCGGUCACUUCUUGCUGGAACCGCUGAAAAUGUGAAGGGCAGCCUAAGCAUUGGAUCUAAGCACAUUACUCCAAUUGCUGCUGAAUCUGUCAACCCUGCUUUGCAGCUUGAGCUUCAACUAGAGGAAAGUUUCAUUCAAACUCAACCGAGCAGCGUAAGGCAGACACUGACUUUUGUCACCGAGCGUUUAACCUCCUUGAACUCUGACUUCUUGGAAACAGACAUUAUUAAUCCUACAAUGCUUGAACUGGAUGCUCAAGUUCAAGCUAAAGUUCGCUCAGAGGCUAAUUGCCUUGAUCCAAAUCUGGAAUUUGGUGAAAAAAUUGCUUCUCUCAAGCAAAAACUAGUGGGCUGGUCAUCAUCCACAUCAGAGGAACAAAGUGCGUUCCUAUUGGAGAAAUGCUUGAAAGAAGCCAACGUGUUCAUUUUAAACAGAUGUGGCUCCCUUCUCAAGCAGCUCUUGCCUCGCACUGUGUCAGAAAUUCAGACCAACGCUUUUGCCCAAAUCAUCCGCAAGAACAUUUGUGCCAAACUGAAGGCCUCAAUCCAGACCAAUCACGGAUUAAAGACGAUGCAAAAGAGGGUGAAGGAUGGCGUUGAAAAGACUGCCAAGCAGAUUGCCAAAUCAGCUGAUAGCGCUACCAAUCUGAACGCAUCCAUGCGUCUGCCUGCGGACCGAACAGAGCCUGUUCAUUUAGAGUCUGCCCUGUCGCCUGCUUACACUUUGAUCAGUAUUAAGGAGCUUAUUUUGCAAAUGGUUAAUUUGCAGCCAGUGGCCGUCUCAAAAAUCCAUUCUGUGUUUACUGCCGUGGAAAGGGCCAUAUGCCACCGAGCAGACUUGUUGCCAGACGCUUAUUGCAUGUUCAAACCUCUGACUGUUGAUUUGGCGAUUUGGAUAGUUGCAACGCAACCGGAGACAAUGACUGAAGACUUAACAAACAAUUUCUGCGAGGUGUGGUCUGGGCCACUUGGCAGGCCUGAUCAACUGGACAGGGUGUUUUGCCCGCGCUACAUGCAGCUGCUCUGUGAUAGCCAUCCUCGGGAAAAAUCGUGUGCUGCCUUUAAAACACUGUUGCGUGGCCUGCUCGCUGCCAAUCUGCUAACUCCUGAAGGCGUCGAACAACAGGCGGUCGGGAUUUUUCGGUUGGAGUGGCCGCAGGAAUUUCUGCAAAUGUACUCUCUUCUCAUGAAAGACAUUUGCAGGGAUAGGCCAGGCAGCGACAAUGAGUCUUUCACACCGCUUCUGCCGUGGCUUGCCGACUACUGCUCUGACUUGGACAACCUGCCUGGAGAUUGAACUUAAGCCUUUUUUGCAAUUCAAUUAUUUUUAAACAUUUUUAAAUGCAAAUGUUGCGCAAGGAGAAAUAAAUGCAGAAAAUGUUAAAAAA